AUGUCUGCCGCCGCCCGCACCCCCCCCUCCCCCGACGCAGUCAAAGCCCGCAUCAUCUCCCACAUGAACUCGGACCACGGCCUCUCACUACGUCUCUACCUGGCACAAUACGCGCGGAUACCACUACUGUCAGGCACGCAAGGGGCGCAACUGGUCGACAUCACGCUGGACCAGAUGAUCAUCAGCUCCGCACACGGCCGCCACACGGUCCCGCUCUCGCCGCCGAUGAAGUCGCUGCUCGAAGCGCGCGAGCGCCUGGUGGCUAUGCACACGGAAUGUCUGGACUCGCUGGGCGUCAGCGACGUCGUGGUCGACCGCUACACGCCGCCAGACACCGCGGUGGGGUGGCUGUUGCCCGCGCUGUGUCUGUUGAUCUUCGCUACCUUUCCGUUCCGCGACCAGCUGCGCCCGGAGUCUAGGUCGGUCGUCGCGCGCAUCUGGUCGCUGAACGGCUCUGCGCCCGCCCUAGCUCACUUGUGCUAUACUCUGCAACCGGCCGUCUUGGGCUUCAUCGUCGUCGUCCAUGCCGCUGAGGUCGUGUGGUUCGCCUCCACUAAGCUGCCGCGCUACUGGGUCGAGCCGGCCUCUGCUGUCUGGUGGGCUUGGGUGCUGGAUUGUUUCGUCGAGGGUGUUGGGUGUCUGAGUCGCUUUGAUAGGAUCGUUGGUAAGGCCAAGGAGACCAAGAGUCAUUGA